GAACGGUACGGACAAACUCAUCGUCCCUUCUCUCUCUCGCUCUCUAUCCUUUGCACAACUAGGGUUCCCCAUUACAUUUACAGCAGCACAACCUAAAGCAAAUCUUCUUCUUCGAUUUCGCUGCUCUCGUCUAAGAAUCUGGUAGAGUUGUCGUCUUUAAUCUCUGAAUAAUACUUUCCUUUCACGCCCUAAUUGGCACAAAUGAAAUCGGAGGAAUUGCGGGUAGAGUUCUGCUGAGUUUCAAAGAAAUCCCCGAGGAAGGUAACAACGCCACCUUCGAUUGCUCUCAUUCUGGUUCCUGCGUUCCUUGCCUCUAUUCCGAAAAGGAAUGAACUCAGUGAUAAGGCAGAGCUUGAAUCUGCUGAAACGGCCUCCUGGUGAGGCUGUCGAAAUUCUAAGCUCUGGGCAGUACCAGCAAUGGAGAGGGAUAAGGGUGAAGGUGUUUAACGGAAACCUGGACCAGGCACUGAGGAUAAUGGAGCGAAGGAUGCGGGGGAGUGGAAUUGAGCGGAUGAUUAAGAACGAGCAGACCUACCACCUCAAGAACUCCGAGAAGCGCGUCUUAGCCCGCAAGGCUCUCGAGGUCAAAAUUCGAUCCCAAGAACUCGCUCGUAAGAUGAAGGCAAUCCUCAUCCAGAAAGUCAGGGGUCUAUGAGACUAGCCGCCGGAGUUGGGAAACAAGGACUACAAGUUUCGGUCUAUAGGCAUGUGUUUUUUAGGGGUUUCUCUUGAAGACACUUCAGAGAUGUUUAAAAUUUACAUAUUCUGUUAAAAACAAAAUCAAGCCCCCGCUAAAUUUGAAGUGGUUGUAGUGUUUUUCCCCUUCUUCUUUGGGACACAACAGAAGGUACUGAACUUGUAGCUGACUGAGAAUCUGCUUUUAGCUUUGAAUAAACUGUUAGCUUCCAAUA